UUACUUGGCUGGCUAAUCUGAGCAAGAUCGCCAACCUCCCAGGUCACGUUGAGAGCAGGAGAAGUGCCUUUUGGGAGGAUCACUGCAAGUCAAUCAGUUUGGGAGAGCUGUCUUCACUGUGCUCGCUUUGAGCCUCAACCCAGGGAGACAUAAUGUACGGGCUGCUGUGCGAGAGUCUUCACGACUUCAUCAAGGAGUCAUACGGAGAUGAUGUGUGGAAGCUGGUCAGAGAGAGAGCAGAUGUCAGGCUGCACUCCUUUGUCACCCACCAGGUGUAUAGCGAGAGUGUGAUUCCCCGUAUUGCAAAGGCAGCCAGUGGAGUGACAGGGACGCCCUACAAUGAGCUGAUGAACUCCUGGGGUGUCUAUUUCCUGGGCUUUGUGGGGAAGUAUGGCUAUGACAGGAUCCUCAAGGUGUUGGGCCGCCACGUACGUGACUUUGUCAACGGCCUUGACAACCUCCACGAAUACCUGCGCUUCAGCUACCCCAAGGUGCAGCCCCCGACCUUCUUCUGCCAGGAGGAGUCUGCUACCGGAGUCACCCUCCACUACAGGAGUAAGCGUAAAGGCUACCUGCACUAUGCCAUGGGUCAGCUGAGGCAGAUGGGGAAGCAAUUCUACGACACAGACAUCCAAGUGGAGGUGAUGUCUGAGCAGAUUGUCGGAGACUACUCCCACGUCACCAUGAGGCUGAACUUUGACAACUCAGCCUACCGCUACAUCAUGAAGGAGGAUGAGGAAGAGCAGGAGAUUUUGCCCAUUACCUCAGACUUCUUCUUUGAGGUCUUCCCCUUCAAUAUUGUCUUCAGACAGGACAUGGUGGUGCAUAACGUGGGCUCGGGCCUGUCAACAGUCUUCCCUGAUCUGGAUGGGAAGAAGAUCAACGAUGCCUUCUUGCUCGCUCGCCCCCUAGUGGAGUUCACCUGGAACAUGAUCAUCUCCCACCCUAACAAUCUGUUUGAGAUAAUGUCCAAGGAGCCUGUGAAAAGAGAGAGGAACCUUCACAACCGAGUCCAAAAUUCUGACUAUGAAAAUGCCAAUCGUACCGCUGACGUCGAUGUGGAGCUCAUGGCUUUCCAGUCCAUCAUUGGAGAUGAUUACAAAGCAUUUGAAUUUGCUCCUCUUUUAGACGGUAACAGCGCUAAUGCGAUGGAGAGCUGGGGUGAUGGGACCCGCUGCCUGAAACUAAAAGGACAAAUGAGAUACAUGCCAGAGUGGGAGUCCAUCAUCUUCCUGGGAACUCCUGUGAUGGAGAGUCUGAGUGCGAUGUUCAGGACCGGCCUGUACAUCAAUGACCUGAGUAUGCACGACUCCAGCAGAGAUCUGGUGUUGGCAGGGACUCAGCAGUCAGAGGAGCUGAAGAGAGCUCUCAUACAGGAGCAGAAGAAGUCCAGUAAGCUGGAGGAGAGCAUGAAGAUGUUGGACUAUGAGAUGAAGAAGACCGAUGACCUUCUCUACAGGAUGAUUCCCAAGCCAGUGGCUAAGAGGCUCCGCAAAGGAGAGCCUGCUGUGAACACUUGUGAGGUGUUCCCAGAUGUGACCAUUCUCUUCAGCGAUGUUGUGGGUUUUACUCGCAUUUGCAGCCACAUCACCCCGAUGCAGGUGGUCUCCAUGCUCAACACCAUGUACACGCUGUUUGACACGCUCAGCGAGAAGCAUCGCGUAUUCAAGGUUGAGACCAUUGGAGAUGCCUACAUGGUGGUUGCUGGGGCUCCCGAGAAAACCAAGUACCAUGCUCAUAACAUUUGUGACAUGGCCCUCGACAUGGUGCGCUCCAUCGACCACCUAAAAGAUCCCUCCAAUGGCAACCACAUACAGAUUCGUGUUGGGAUCCACUCUGGCAUGGUUGUGGCAGGUGUGGUGGGACAUAAGAUGCCACGUUACGGUCUGCACGGGGACACGGUCCACACCGCAUCCGCCAUGGAGAGCAACGGCAAGGAGAUGCACAUUCAGCUCAGCAGCGCCACCUAUGAGCACCUGAAAGGAAGUCACUUCAUUUUCGAAAGGAGGGGCACCAUCACCAUCAAGGGGAAUGUUGAAAUCGAGACGUACUGGUUGAAAGGAAAGAGGGACAAGGAUGGGAAUGCUCAGGCAGCGUGUCCUCAGUUUGAGAAUCAGACCAUCAGCAAGGCUAACAUCUCAGCCCCUGAGGCCACGCGAAAUGAGGAGGGACUGGUUUUCCCUCUGGUUGCGGGGGAAGGCAAGGACGAUGUCAAGUCUAUUCGCUCUCAUCGCAUCAAGAUGGAGAUUUCGGGCCUUUCCCCGGAGGAGUCGAUGGAGGAGUCCCACGUGGAGGAGACGUCUGUUCAUAAGCCACACUACAAGGACGCUUUGCAGGACGGCCUCGAGGAUUCUCACCUGGAACUGAACUCGCACGAGUGCGAUGGCCGAGACUCCGUCACGGAGUCCCGCAGCAGCUCCUGCGACUCCCACAGCUCCAAGAGCGCCAUGUGCUCUGUGUCGUGAACCCAACCCGAUGCUAGCUAAUGCUAUAGCCAGUAAUUCUACUGCUUCUGAAGCGCUUUAUGUACAACUCACUCAAAGCAGUGAAUGUUAGGUCCGACACCAGAUAGAAAUGCAGGAUUUUACUGUUAUUGUUUGCCUUCUUGGAGACUUUUUUUUUUUGGUGAUGCCAUGGCAACCUCUGAUGACAUGUUGUUUGUACAUGGACUAGACUAUAAAGCUUGAAAUCUCUAGUGGUUGUGUGUGGCGUUAAUACUGCACAGCAAAUAUCAUCAUCAGUGCUCAUUUAGCUCGGACAAUACAGAAACAAAUCAGUGUUAACUUUACACUUUGAUUGUUUGCAACAGCUGCCUCGGAGCUCAAUCUGUUCCCAGAGUGAAAAGACACGUCUCCAAUUCAUACCUCACAUCAGUCACCUCAGGGCGAUCGCCACUGAAAGAUUUUGCUGUGCACCCGUAUUGUAAAAUGUUUUAGUUCCAAAAAGUGUUCACUGUCAGUGGACACAGGCUUUGUAAUUUCCUGCACUGUUUUUUUUUAUAGUUUUGACAUCUUGUUUCAUCCUGGGAGAAAAGAAAUCCCUCUCUUCCCUCUCCCUCCUCACGUCUGAAUUCAUUAUUCUAGCUCGGUCUCGUCAAAUCCACAGCCCCGGCACAAUGUAAACGCUUGUCAGCUCAGUGAAAAUAAAGAGAGAUGACUGAUA